AUAUGAAUCAAAUUACUGUUAAGAAAGUUGUACGGAUUAGCAUAUGGUAGUAGAACAGUAGACCCAAUAACAAAAGGAAUCACGUGAGAGAUGAGAGAGAGAGUUAGUGAGAAGGGAUCAUGGCGGACAUCGGUCACGAGCAAGACAGUUGGCACUGAACUGGGAGCAUGAUGGAUCUCGUCGCAACAACUAUCAAAGGAACAGGUAGCAAGUGGAUGGUCUAUGACAUCUAUGCACCAAACAGAAAGAGCAAGAAUGGGAGCAGAUUCGGCUUCGUGAGAUUCCUGGGUGUGAUAGAUAAGAAGGAAUUGGAAAGAAAGCUGGAUCAGAUCUGGGCAGAAGGGUGGAAGCUAUGGGUGAAUAGACCAAGGUAUGAUGAGGAGAAGAAGGAAGUAUGGGAGAAAAAAAGCAGUAGAGGAACAAUGACAGUGGUCCAAAGCAAAAGCUACACAGAGGAGGUGAAAGGAAUACAAGGAAGUAAUGCUGAUGAGGAACAGAGCAAACAGAGUGAGGUUGGCCGAAGUAGACAUCAAAGACUCGACAUUGAAGAUAAAAAGUGUACAAAGCAUGAUGAAUAUGAGAGAUUUAGAGGCAUGGAGUAUAAUGUCAAACUUGAUGAGUAUGAAUGGCUUGAUGGCUGUUAUGUCAGAACAGUGCACUCCGUGGUGAUGGUAUGUGAAGAUAAAGAGGAAUUGAAGGACUUGGUUGAAAUGGCAUCAGAUUGGCUAAGGCAAUGGUUUGCGGAGGUGCAACCAUGGACACCAAAAAUGAUUGCAAACGAGAGAUUUGUAUGGAUAAGCACAAGCAAAAAGAAAAGGUUUGACACUGCAAGAUUUCUGAUCUCCACUCCAAUCAUGGAGACAAUCACAGUCACAAGGCAAAUCAAAAUUAAUGGAGAUAUUUACAGAGUGAAAUUUACAGAGGAAGAAUUUACCAACAGCUUUUUUUCUCUGAAGGAAGAUUUAAUGCCAUCUUUUAAUAGUGAGUCAGAGGACUGUGAAACAUGGUCUACUGGAAGUGAUUCAGAGAUGCAAGCCUCAGAAAAUGGAUGGAAGAAGGAGGAUGUUCAGAUCAGGGUUCCAAGGGUAGAAGAUGAUGAUGUAUUUGUACGUAUGAAAGAGAAAGAAAGAAGACAUUCAGUACAAGUUUGUGGGGAAGUAGGAGAGCAAGUAGAAAUGGGAGGAGACAACAUGGAAAAAAUUCAAAAUUUGAAUUUAGCUGAUGGUAGUACAAGGACAGGCGGGGAAUCAAAGAGGCAGGAGGUGCAGGACUCAGCUACAAAGAGUAUAGAAGAUGACACAAGGGAAUUGGAUCACAUGAUGAAGCCUAAUAAGCAACCGGUGAAAGAGCCCACUUUGCAAAAGGAAAGCCCAACGGGAGAGAAGUCUACAAAUUUGGCUUGGACCCAUGCAAAAAGACCAAAGGAGAAACUGAAUAUAAACAAAAUAAGGGGCAAUUUCAAAAAUGGAGAAAGAAUAGAAGGAUGUAAUGAAGAAGAAGAUGAAGACAUGUUUUGGAAGGGCCAUGAAGCUGAAAGGGGACGCAUAGAAGAAUGGAUCGGCAACCAAAUAGGGGAAAUUAAAUCAAAAAUGGGAAGAAGGAGGGUUAGACGUUGCAGCUCAAUGUACCACGGACCUGAUUCUGGGGACGCAGCGACGAAAAAAAGAAGAGAAAAAAGGAAGCAGAGCACACAACAGAGGGAGGGACAGCCAACACCAACUUUCAUGCUAAAUGCGAAUGGAAAAAUCACUAAAGACUCAAUAGGAGACAAUGACAUACAUAACUGCAACAAAUUUCUAAAAAAACAACGAUGCAAGGAGAUGAUCACGAAUGUGUGGAAUAAUAGUGAAGUGAAAGGGUGGAGUGGAUUUAAGCUCAAGGAAAAGCUGAAACAAACAAAACUUGCAUUAAAGGAGUGGAGUAGUAAUAUGAAUAUGGAGUUGAAUAUCAAAACAAAGGAAGUUGAAGAUGCAAUUGCUACAAUUGAUGAGAAAGGAGAGCAGAACCAACUGUCGGCUAGUGAUAUUGAAAUGAGGAGAAAUUGUUUUAUUGAUUUGUGGAAGAAUCUAAGAAUCAAGGAGAGGAUGUGGCAACAAAAAUCAAGGAAGCUAUGGUUAAAAGAAGGCGACGCCAACACAAAAUUUUUCCAUAGAUGUGUGAAGGGAAGGUGGAGAAGAAACGAAGUAAUUAGCAUCCGGAUCAAUGGGGAGCAACUUACAAGAGUGGAGACAAUAAAGCAAGAGACUGCUAAGUACUUCCAAGAUUUGUUUACAGAAGAAACUUGGAAGAGACCAAAGUUAGAUGGGAUAAGCUUUAAGCAAAUAUCACAAACUGAUAAUGAGCUCCUCACAGCAGCUUUCUCGGAAUAGGAAAUUAAAGAAGCAACAUGGAAUUGUGACUCAUCCAAAUCUCCAAGGCAUGAUGGAUUCAAUUUCAGAUUCAUAAAGAUGAUGUGGGAGGUCAUAAAAUCUAAUGUACUCA